UCGGAAUAAGGAGAUCGUUAAUAAUGAAUCAACUUAUUAAAGUUAUAGUAUUCUUCUUGGUUGUAUAUCAGUCCCACGAAGUCAACAGCAAAAAAUAUUUCAAGAUACUGACAAUUGAAAAGGAACCUGGACACGAACAUGAAGUACUUUUGUACCAUUAUAAACCGAUAUCAUUUAUCAAGGAAACAAUAACACCUUUCGGGACCUUUAGCUAUAGACAUUCGGUUGAGAAAAGAGAUUUACACAAACGCAGAACAAGAGAAAUCGAAGAUUUAAUAGAGAUACCAAAUGUUGCCAUUAAGGAAGAGUUAAAGCCUAUUUUGGACGAAAAAGUUGCUUUUACAAGUAUACCUACAGAUAUAAUAUUAACUCGCAUGGAAUUUUAUAAAGGGAAGCCAUUAAAACUACAUACUAUAUCGACGCCUACAAGCCUUGAACAUGAGUUGCAUAAUGAUGAAACUGAAGAUACCAAUGAGAAGGCCAUACCUGAGCCUGUUCCUUUGAGUACCCCAGAGCAUUCCUCUGAUAUAUCAGACAAAAGUAAUGAGGUAAUCGGUGAUCAAAAUGGUGUUGCGACAAAUAUUGAUCUAAACACUGAAGUAGAGAAAAUGAGUUCAACAACAGAAGUAAAGUCUGAUAGUGAAAAUUUAAAAUUAACCGAAGACAACCAUGAGAAAGAAGUAUCUCUUGACGAGAAAACUGCUUCGGGGACGGAAAUAAAUACAAGCUCAGGAGAUACAAAAGUAGAUGAUAAAGAAAGUUCUCAAAUCGAGGAAACCAGUCCGGAAGCAGAAAUCAAAUCAGAUUCAGAAGAGAUCAAGGUUCCAGAAUCAAAUCACGAAAAAGAAACAUCUCCAGAAACAAACGGUAAACCAGACGAUGCAAAAUUGUCUGAAGAACAUCAUGAAGUUGAGAAGGAAACUACCGAACAAAAGUCUCUUAAUGAACAUUCUGAAUCAGGGGUUAUAGAAAACAGAGAUGUAGAAACGGAAGCGACACAGGAUAUUAACAAAAAUGUAGAAUUAGUUGCCCCACUUAAUUCAGAUGAUCUUAGUUCAAAGUCCACCAUAGAAGUUGCACAGACCGUAAAGCCUGUAGAAACGCCAUCAUUUCCAGUUAGCCCAUUACCGGUACCAGUAUAUAUUCCUUUCUAUACAGAAAUAAGAAACCCGCAACCAAUUGAGCCAGUUGUAAACAUACCACCAGAAAUUCCAGCAGAAAUUCAUGAAGUAGUUAGUGUUGUUCCACCAGUAGUGGUUAUAACCGAAAAAAAAGUUAUUUUACCCCCACCGCCACCGCCUCCUGUUCAAACUGUUGAAACGGUGAUAGAAACUGAACAAAGGCCAAGUCUGUUUUCAAGAGGUUCACGUUUUAUGCUCAAUAUUAGUUCUCGUAUUCUUAAAAAAUUAUUACGCUUUGUAUCAAGUGCCCGUUCUCGACUACAUCUUGGUCCAGCUGAAGAAUAA